GUGUGCUUCCAAUUAAACCUGUUGGACUAUGACCUGGUGUGUGAUUUUUAACUUCGUCCAAAUGAAAUCACUUUGUACAUAUUUCCCACUCCGUUUUCUCUUCUUUAAGGAAAAUUAACCCAAGCUAUCUUAUCUCUCUGCAGAACAUAAAUGUUUGGGGUUAUUUUUGGGAGCAAUGUGUAAGGCAGCAGCAGGUUGCAUAUCUGCACCUAAUGACUACUCAACUACUCAUGUACAAACGUGCCAGCAGGUGGUGCUUUUGUCCAUAGGGAUGCCGGGAAUUGUAGUCUCUGGUCAGCUACACACACGGGCAGUACUAUUCUACGUCUUAGGGUUUGCUGGGAGCUGUAGUCUGUCCCGCGCGAUAGGACUACAACUCCAAGCAGGCAAGAGAUUUGCGCAAGCGCACUUGCAGAGAUCCUGCCCAUGGUUGCCUAUGCGGAGAAGGUAGCGCGCGGGGCGAUGUCGAGAUCUGAUGAGGAAGAGAUGGAUUUCGGGGGAUUCUCUCGAUUUGACAGUCCAAGUAGCUCAGCCGGAAACAGUGAGCGAGAGUCCUGGCAGGAGGAGGAUGAACCAUCUGAGGGAGAAGUGGCACAAGAUGAGCAGAGUAUUUGUCUAGCUGAUGUGAAUCCAUAUAUUCUGUGUCCUGUCUGUGGAGGCUACUUUAUUGAUGCAACCACCAUCACAGAAUGUCUGCACACAUUCUGUAAGAGCUGUAUUGUGAAACAUUUUGAGCACAGCAACCGCUGUCCGAAAUGCAACAUUGUUGUCCAUCAGACACAACCGUUGUAUAACAUAAGACUGGACAGAAAACUACAAGAUAUCGUUUACAAGCUCGUGCCCAACUUAGAAAGCAGUGAAAAUAAGCGACUUCAUGAUUUCUACCGAGAAAGAGGGCUUGCGGUUCCCAGACCAGUUGUCCAGGUGUCCAGCAAUGGUAAAGUGAGCCGUAUCCAAUCGCUGGAUAAGAAGCUGGCAUUACCCAUGGUUCCCCUGGACAGUCCAUCAUCGCCUCAUCUCGAGAUCUCAUUGGUGCUCGAAUUUAUUGGAGCUGAUCUUGGAGUUGGUGACUACAAGCCACUGCAAAAGAAAUACAUUCGUGUGUCAGAGGAGGCAACUAUUCGACAUGUUGAAAAGUUCAUUAGAAAGAAGCUGGAAUUGGACCCAAUCUGUCAGGUAGAUAUCAUCUGCGGAAACAAGAUCUUAGAACAUCACCAGACCUUGAGGCACAUUCGAAGCACUGUUACCCACAGCAGCAUACGGGUACAUUAAAAGUAAAAGGAUGACAAGGGAAAGAGUAGGGCCAUUAAGGACUACAGUAGUGAUUUGUGCAUGGAGCCAGAGGAUGAAGAUAGGGUUCCAUAUAAAUACCUUGGUCGGUUUUCACUACUGAGGGCAUUGGUAAGAUCACAAUUCCAAGACUGUGUGUAGUUUUAGUCUCCUUAUUUAAGGAAGGAUGUAAAUGUGUUGGAGGCAAUUCAAAGGCGGUCAGCUAGAUUGAUGACUGGAGUGAGUGAGUUUGUUCUUAAGAAUAUGGCUACACUUGUUUUCAUUGGAGUUUAGAAGAUUGAGAAGUGAUUUAAUUGAGAAAUCUUGACAAUGUGGAUGUGGAAAAGUUAUUUUCCCUAGUGGGUCAGUCCAAAAUUAGAGUUCACUGUCUUAAAAUUAGGGAUUGCCCUUUUAGGACCUAGAUGGGGAGCAUUUUGUUUCUGUCACAGAUGGGCAACUUUGGAAUUUUGCUUUAGAAGGUAGUGCAGGCAAAGUCAUUUAAUACUUUUGAUGAAAGUUAGAUUCUAGUUAGGCAAAGGAGUCACAGAUAGUAGACUCGAUAUCAAGUUCAAUAACUUUAGGGCUUGAGCUCUCCCAUGUCCUUACUCCAAUCCUCACACACCAGGCUUUGUCAUUAUAUAGCCUGUUGUUAGCCAUUAACAGUUCCCAUUAACAACUAUUCACCAUCCUACCUGAUUGUUACCCAUUCUAUUGUCUGUCCAAAAGUUCUUCUCUCUCUUUGAGCUUUAUCUUUGGUGUAUAAACUGUUAUUUUCCCAGCUGCAGUAAGUUCUAAGGAAAUGUCACUCAACCCGAUUUCUGUCCACAGAUGCUGCCAGAUCUGCUGAGAUUUUCCAGAAAUUUCUGUUUUUAUUUCUGAUUUUACAGCAUCUGCAGUUCUUUUGGGAUUUCUUUUCUUGAUCAUAGUGUCCAGCACUGGUCAGAAUGGGCAGAGGAGGAUGGAACUUGGGAGCAGGAGUCAACUUACUUUCUAUCUGUUUUGUCCAUCCGUGCAGCUUUGUAUUUCUCGCUCAUCCUUUCCCUGAAACUGCAAGAUCCUGCCUGGGGCUGAGCGGGUGCCUUGCCUCUGACAGUUGUUUGAGUGCUAGCAGCCUGGGCCAGUUCUUCCAUUGACAACUCUUAAGGAGAAUCAUGUGCCAUCUUCUACUUCCCCGGCAUGUUCACAAUCCGCCCUCGACGGAGCAGAGCAGCUUUGGAAUGCCAGUGCUUGUCCAGCUGCACAGUAGCCUUUCAAAGAUGACGUGAGCAUCGGGGGUUCCAGUCCUUUGGCCACAAUCCACUGAGUGGCGAGUUCUUCGGGGAAUAGCACGUGGUAAUUUGGGGCUGGAAUCUGAUGUGACAGGCAGUUAAUGUGGUAAGUUUGUUAAGGUUCAGCAAGAAGGUUUGCUAGGCCAUAUGGUAGAAGUCCCACCAAAAAAACUCAACACUAGUCUCACUUGGCCAAAUAAGGUAAGAUUCAACCCAAAGUAAUAAUAUCCAAAUCAUUUGAUAUUGUGAUGUUGAUCGAGGCAUAAGUAUUGACUGGAUCACUGGGGUGAACUUCCUUGUUCUUCAAAAUAGUGGCAGUAGAUUUUAACUCAGCCAAAGAGGGUGGACUGGACAUUAAUGUUUCAUCGACAAGAUGUUAUGUUUGAUAGUGUAAGACUCCUUUAAUGCUGUAAUGAAACAUCAGCCUCGAUUUUAAUGCUCAGGCCUCUGGAGUGGGAUUUGGAUCAUAAUCUCCUGAUUCACAGGUGAGAAUGCUAUCCACUAAGCCACAGCUGACAUCCCAUUCAAUGGUCAAUAACUGACUGUAGUCAGGUCACCUUGUAUUGUCAGAUAAUUAAUUUACUCACUGUAACUAAAAGGCCCCUUUAGUACCCUGCCAAAAAUGUCUAUAUUGCAAUUUUACAAGGAAGGCUAGCUUGGAGCCCCAUUGGUAUCUAUUUCCCAUUGGAUAGCUAUUGCACAACCAACUUUGAGGUUUCAACUAGUUGCUGCCAAGGAGAAUUUCAUUUGCUACAAUUUGCUGCUCCUUUCUUCUCAAGGGAUAUUGUAAGUUUGAUGGAUAUAUUCUGAGUAGGCAGUGAAUGUCAUGCUGUAACUAAGUGAAUGCUCCUGCUGUGUGACCUGUGACUGAUCUCACCAAAGCUCAGCUGCACAUGUGCAGUAACCAAGGAAACAGCCUCUUGAGGUAUCAGGUCCUAAUAAAUUUAAAAUGUAUUUAAUGUAUUUUCCACUGAUUAGUGAGCGGUCAGUGCUCUGCUGUG